AUGGACUUCGAAGACGAUGAGUCAAGAGAUGGAUCUGAAUACGGUGUAUCAGAUGACACCGAAGAAGAGCGGUGGAGUGAAGAUGAGAGUGAAGAUGUAGAUGAACAGGAGGUUGAAAAUCACGAGUAUACAACCCCCGGUGAUACAUCACGAAUGGUGAAUAUCCGCCUUUUUUUCACUGAGGAGGAAACGGGCGGGUUUAAAUGGAUGAAAAACUGUGUCGCCAAAUGCACUUGCGAUGGUGUCGUUGUCGCUACCGCUCUGGCUCGGUAUAUUUAUCGAGAGAGCAUGCGCUCUGAGUUCUGGGAAAACAUGGAAGAACCUAGCGAGGAAACGUGCGGUAUGGCCUACGAUGUCUUUGAUCGAUAUGGAACACUUAAGACCAAGUAUAAGGACCAUCCAGUGCAAAGAGGAACUGGUGUAUGGGGAAACGAGCUUGAUCAUGGCCCUCUUUUCCUAAUCGAGGUACUUCAUGUUAAAGCACUGGACCUACGUCGGAAAGGGCUGGGGCAGAAAGUAGUAUCUUUACUUCUGCAAAAGGCUCAACAGCGUUGCCUAGACGAGAAGGAAGACCGCAAACGCAAACACAUGGAUAUUGUCUACGGUUCCAAAGAGGCCUUUGAGCGAGAAUGGACUCCACAUGCUUUAGUCAGUCCCGGAAUACUGACAGCGGAUAUCGAAUCUCAGUCAGUGGGCAGGUCCGCAGAAGAACGCUUGAUGAUACGGACUCGAAUUCAAUCCGGUGCUAUUGACUUUUGGCGAUCAUGCGGUUUUCGCCGAAUUGGAGCAUCUCGCUGUUUUGCAUUUUCGUUCGAUCUGCACCAUCAGUCUCGGGUUCUUACGGCGGCUGCUGAUUUCGACCCGCGUAGCAGCCAUGCUAAAGAUCUCGAAGACGAAGAACUGGAAGUUAUCUAUAAGACGGAUUCCUCUACUGACUUAGGGAAAUUGAAAAUGGGAAGACUUCGUGAUGCGCUGCCGCUACAUCAUGCAGCUCUCACUCUGACGGAUGAAGAACUCAAAGCUUUUUUCGUCAAUCAUUCUGGCGAUGAGACUGGCUGGAAUCGAGUGACCAACUCUAAAGCCACGCUUCUGCAUCUAACAGCUUGCGAGCUCAAGCCCCAGAGUACACAGUGGCUACUUGAUAAUGUCCACCACGCCGAGUCCUGGAAGACAGCUCGUGAUAUUGACGGGUACACCCCCCUCGAAUCAUUACAGGAGAAGUUGGAGAUAAUGCGAACACGAAUAGUACAUGGCUUUUUCAGGGUCUCGAACAUAUCAGAUCACUUCAGAGGAAACCCUGACACCGCAGUGUCCUGUCUCUCCUUGCUGCUCGGACAGGAAGCUUCGGCGCUUAAUAAAGAAUACCUCCGGUACGGCUGCAUAUGCGGAGAGUGUGUGAGAGGAUUUCUAUCUGCCCGGAUGAGGAGCUCUCUCAUCGUCCAGGGUGAGACUGCGUACGACUUUAUGCAGGAUGGAAUUGAGGAUGGUGGUUUUUGGGUAGAGUUCAACGACCACAGACUCGAGCACCUCGAUUCCGAUGUGCGAGAGAACCUCAAAACCAACAAGUCACUGCGAAAGGGCUUUGCGAAUCUUUUCCAAAUUGCCGUGGAGUGUCUUAAGGCGAAAAGGGCUCCAGUUGCAGCAAAUCUCGAGUGGUACUGUAAGAGUCGGAGCGAGUGGCCACCAUAUAUCAAGAGCUAUCUGCGACGCGCUGGAACGCGGAUGGGCUGUCGGGCAGUGCUUCGGGAGAUGUUUGACGCUGCUAUGAAUGAGGACGAGAAAGCAGGAAAUGGAGAGUGUCAACGCAUAUUGAAGAAGGAAUGGUCAGAUCUUCCAACUUGUAGGAAUGAUCAUGAGUUUGAGUUUGUUGCUAGGGCUUGUGGCUAUAGUGGGGAUGAUUCCAUUUCGGUACCAUGCUGGUAG